GGCCGUUUUGAGGUUGGCAGGGCCGGCGUUGAUGGCUUGCUCCGAUGCUGUCGUGGCAAGGGCCCCUGCUAAACCUGCUUGGCAGCCUGAUGAUCAAUGGCGCUACCAACUUGAUGAAGCUGGGAGUGAUGAUGAGGGCUACGCAGACCCCUUGGCGCGGCCGUUGGUACGGCGGAGCGCUGGUGUUCGGGAUCGGGAAUCUGCUGAAUUUUAGGUCGCUGAGCAUGGCCCCGCAGACGAUUUUGGCCGCCCUGGGGGCGGUCCAGUUCAUCUCCAACGUCUUCUUCGCCAGGUUUCUGCUUGGCGAGAAGAUCACGUCGCGAACUCUUGGCGCGACAGCUGCGAUCGUCAUCGGGGUCGUGAUUGCUGUGUACUUCAUUGGAAGGAACGAGAUCACGACUCAAUACACGGCCCUUGCCCUGGCUCAGCGAUACAAGGAGAUGGACUAUGUUUUUUACUUAAGCGUUCUCGCGGGCGUGGGCGUCUACCUGGAAUACACCCACAGGCGUGCUCCAGAUGCCGCCGCGCUCAAGCCGAUCUGCUUCGCCGCCGCCUCGGCUAUUCUGGGAACCCAGUCGGUGGUGCAGGGCAAAUGCGCUUCCACGGUGCUCAGCCAGAGCGAGGAGCUGACUGCUCCGGCGCUCUUCUUCCUUGGCUGCUCCCUGGUGGUGCUCGCGGGUGCACAAGCCUUUUGGCUGGUGCGAAUGCAGCAGGGCCUAGCCCUCUUUGCCGGCUCGGUGAUCAUUCCCUCGCUUCAAGUUUUCUGGACCUUGCUGAGCAUCCUCACUGGCGGGGUCUAUUUUGAGGAGUUCCAAGCGCUGGACAUCUGGGACGUGGUGGGCUUCGUGGCUGGGCUGCUGGUGCUGCUGCUGGGGGUGCUGGGCCUGGUGGGGGGCGGCUCCUCCGAGGCGCUGGAUCCCAAGCUGCGAGAGCACCGCGCCACGGUGUUCCUAGGCGCCAACCAGGUGGACUUCCUGGAGCUGGCGGAGGACUUGCUCUACGACCCCACCCAGCCGUCCGGCGCCGGAGGUGCAGCGGAGGCCGGCGAAAUCGAGAUGCGGCGCCGCACGCUGCGCCGGUCCAUUUAUGCCGCGGAGUUGCCCGGCGCCUGAAAA